AUGUCUUUCUAUAAGCCGGAAGAAGAAAUAUUUGUCGGUGCCUCUGUUGAAAAACCUUUGACGAUAUUAAAUGCUAACUCGUCGACUCAACAUGAGCAGCACAAUGACGGACGCGAACCAGCCCUACUAGCCUUCAUCGAAUCGCAUCCUGAUUACAACCAAAUAAAGGGCUCACCGGAAAGAAUCCUUGCCGCCAUUGACCAAUACGGCCGGGAAAAAGAUUUUCUCAUGAACGUCGGGGAGCAUAAAGGGGAGGUUGUGAGAAAGAAAAUUACCGAGCAUAAACCUAAGGUCAUGAUAGAAUUGGGCGGAUACGUUGGGUAUUCCGCGAUCUUGUUUGGCAAUGCUCUGAAAAAAGCGGGAGGAAAGAAGUACAUCAGUUUGGAGUUAAGCCCGGUGUUUGCUUCUGUGUCAGCUUCCUUGGUCAAGCUGGCAGGUCUUGAUGAUAUUGUGGAAAUAAAGAUCGGCCCUUGUCGAGAUUCGUUGCGAGCUCUCGGGAAACAGUACGGCGACAGUGGCUUGGACAUGUUAUUCUUUGACCACGCGAAGACCGAAUACGUCAACGACCUCAAACUGUGUGAGGAGCUAGGCUUGGUGGCUCGCAACACAGUUGUCCUCGCGGAUAAUGUCAUUUGUCCUGGCAAUCCUGCUUAUUUGAAAUAUGUCAGGGCCACGCCAUCCAAGAAACAAGAAAGAAGCCAGCAUGAAGAUUCUGCCGGAAGGAAUGACUAUUCCGUGGGAAACCCGCAAUUGCUCUACGAUACAUCCAUUGUGCACGCAUUGGAGCCAACCGGUCAACCGGAUGGUAUAGAAAUCUCGCGCUGCUUCGGGGUUGAGGCUUAG